AUGAGCCGCAGUUCUCCGCGAGCUCUGCCCCCGGGCGCGCUUCCUCGGCUGCUCCCGGCCUCGCCCGCCGCCGCCGCGCCGCGCGCUCUGCUCCCGCCGUGGCCCCGGCGCCCCGGACGCCGCUGGCCCGCGUCCCCGCUCGGAAUGAAGGUGUUCCGCAGGAAGGCGCUGGUGCUGUGCGCGGGCUACGCGCUGCUGCUGGUGCUCACCAUGCUCAACCUCCUGGACUACAAGUGGCACAAGGAGCCGCUGCAGCAGUGCAACCCCGACGGGCCGCUGGGGGCCGCGGCGGGGGCGGCCGGGGGAGGCUGGGGGCGCCCGGGGCAGCCUCCCGCCGCGCCGCCCCGCUCGCACACGCGCCUGGAUCCCCGCACCCCGUACCGGCCUCCCGCCGCGGGCGUGGGCGCAGCUGCGGCCGGCGCCGCUGGGAGCGCGGGGGCCGCGGCCCCUUCCAGCAACGGUACUCGCGGCACCCGCGGCGCCGGGGACAAGCGGCAGCUGGUGUACGUGUUCACCACGUGGCGCUCGGGCUCGUCCUUCUUCGGCGAGCUGUUCAACCAGAACCCCGAGGUGUUCUUCCUCUACGAGCCGGUGUGGCACGUGUGGCAGAAACUCUACCCCGGGGACGCCGUGUCUCUGCAGGGGGCGGCGCGGGACAUGCUGAGCGCUCUCUACCGCUGCGACCUCUCGGUUUUCCAGCUGUACAGCCCCGCGGGCAGUGGGGGGCGCAACCUCACCACGCUGGGCAUCUUCGGCGCCGCCACCAACAAGGUGGUGUGCUCGUCCCCGCUCUGCCCCGCCUACCGCAAGGAGGUCGUGGGGCUGGUGGACGACCGCGUGUGCAAGAAGUGCCCGCCCCAGCGCCUGGCACGCUUCGAGGAGGAGUGCCGCAAGUACCGCACGCUGGUCAUCAAGGGCGUGCGUGUCUUCGACGUGGCGGUUUUGGCGCCUUUGCUUCGCGAUCCGGCCUUGGACCUCAAGGUCAUCCACCUGGUGCGUGAUCCCCGCGCAGUCGCCAGCUCGCGCAUCCGCUCGCGCCACGGCCUCAUCCGUGAGAGCCUCCAGGUGGUGCGAAGUCGGGACCCGCGAGCCCACCGCAUGCCCUUCCUGGAAGCGGCUGGCCACAAGCUGGGCGCCAAGAAGGAGGGCAUGGGCGGCCCGGCAGACUACCACGCUCUCGGCGCCAUGGAGGUCAUCUGCAACAGCAUGGCCAAAACGCUGCAGACAGCGCUGCAGCCUCCUGACUGGCUGCAGGGCCACUACCUGGUGGUGCGGUACGAGGACCUGGUGGGAGAUCCCGUCAAGACACUACGGAGAGUGUACGACUUUGUGGGGCUGACAGUGAGCCCUGAAAUGGAGCAGUUUGCUCUGAACAUGACCAGUGGCUCCGGCUCCUCCUCCAAGCCUUUUGUGGUGUCUGCACGCAAUGCAACUCAGGCUGCCAACGCCUGGCGGACGGCGCUCACCUUCCAGCAGAUCAAACAGGUGGAGGAGUUUUGCUACCAGCCAAUGGCAGUGCUGGGGUAUGAAAGAGUCAACAGCCCCGAGGAGGUUAAAGACCUCAGCAAGACCCUACUUCGGAAGCCCCGGCUCUGAGAAGAGUUCCCAGGAGAUCUGACACUCUUCAGAGACAGAGAGGAUUGUGUUGUGUUUAAACAAACAUAGCCCAGACCGAAGCUGAGGAAACCCACAUAUUCUAUUAUAGAUAUAUAAUAUAAAUAGCCACAAGGCACUUGCUGUCAAUGUUUGAGUCAGUGAAUUUCAAGGAACAGCCACAACACACAUGCACACUCACACCUCAGAAAAGGCAAGACUUGAAAGUUCUGACCAGUUGCCCUUCCCAUCCUGUCCCCUGCCUCUUCUCCCUUCCCUUUUCUCUCUCAUUUCUUCCCCCCCCCCCCCCGCCUUCCAUACUGCAGUGGAAUGUUGAUGAAAUCAAGUUCCAGUGACCCAAAUCUUGUUUACAAAAUUUUCGUGGUAUCUGUGAACGUGUAAGAGUAAUCUGGAUGUGGGGAGGGGAGGGUGGAGAGAGGGGACGUGGUCCAGGAGCAGAAAGCCCCGCUGGGCUGGUCAACCAAGGAGGAGCUCUUCAAAGGUAGACUUUCGUGUGAACAGCAAAGUUACAUGUUGAGUAUUAAUAAACAGGAUAAUAAAUAAUAUUCUUUUUUA